CAAGUUUUUUUAUCACGAAUUCACAAGCCUGGGAGUCAAAUUCAUAGACAAAUUGAGAAUCGAGACAAAUUUAUUGAAAACGUAAUAAUUUAAAGUGAAAUUUUGUGUUGGGGCUCUAUAUGCGAAUUCUCGUUAACGAACAAUGGCCAUAUGAUUAGACUGGACGUGCAGUUUUGUGAUUGAAAAAGACAAAAAUGUUUUGAAGUGUGUAUUCUGUUUUUGAAUUCUGCAAAAUGACCCAGCAAGGUAAUACAACGAACUGGCUUAUACAAGGUGCAAACGGUCAACCACAAAUUCUUAAAUUAGUGCAAACCUCACAAGCUAGUGGUAAAGCUGUCGGUAGUAUUUUAACUUCCAAUGUGACUACACAACCUAUAAAAAUCUUCAAGACUACUUCGGCCAGUGGACAAGAAAUUACACAGUUGAUAAACAGUGCACCGCAAUCGCCAAUCAUCAAAACAAUCGGGUCUAAUGUAGUUACAAAAUCUGUACCAAUACAUGUGAAUAUGAACUCGAUGGUUAAAGGUCCAAAAACAAUUCACUUGAGUCCAUCCCAGAUGCAAAAUAUACGAUUUGUAAAUACUACAUCUCAACAAAAUACAGUACAAAUGCAACAGGCAAGUCCUCCCACCUUUGCAGUAGCUCAACAAGUACAACAGUCGCCUCAAAAUAUUAAAACAGUCUCUCCCCCGAUUCUUCAAAGGAAGAGGCAGGAUCCUCUAGAAAUGGAUUAUGUUCAUGAUUCUAAAAGAUCAAGAAAAUCAGACAAAGUUGGUAAAGGUUUGAGACACUUCUCAAUGAAAGUUUGUGAAAAAGUUCAAAAAAAGGGGACUACUACAUACAACGAAGUUGCCGAUGAAUUGGUAGCUGAAUUCACAAAUCCCAUGACAAACAGUUCAUUAGCUGACCAACAAUACGAUCAGAAAAAUAUCAGAAGAAGAGUAUAUGACGCACUCAAUGUCCUUAUGGCAAUGAAUAUCAUUUCAAAAGAAAAAAAAGAAAUAAGAUGGAUAGGAUUACCAACUAAUUCGCUACAAGAAUGUGUGCAACUGGAAAAAGAAAAGCAGAAAAAAUUAUACAGCAUCAUAGAGAAAAGAAAGCAACUUCAUGAGCUCAUUCUCAAUCAGAUUGCUUUCAAAAAGUUAGCUCAGAGAAAUAGGCAAAUGGAGGAAGCUCAUGGACCACCCCCUCCUAAUUCUUCUAUACAAUUACCAUUUAUUGUUGUUAAUACUAAUAAGAAAACAAUUAUCGAUUGUAGUAUUUCCAAUGAUAAAUUGGAGUAUAUUUUUCAAUUUAAUGAUAAGUUUGAGAUAAACGAUGAUGUUGAUAUUUUGAAGUCCAUUGGUAUGUUUAUGGGCUUAGAUACUGGGACAGUUACACCUGAAAAUUUGGAGACAAUCAAAUCAAUGGUGCCUAAAUCACUUGUGGAUUAUGUGGUUCAAUUAGCAUCUGGUGAAAAUAAAGAUAUAGAUAACUUCAACGUAGAUGCUGGAACCAGUACAUCUUUCUUGAUGGGGUCUGAUGAUUUAGCAGGAGUCCAUCUAGAUGAAGAAAACUCUCGUCAUUCUUCUAAUUUUGAUCCUUUGUCUCCCUGUGGUGAUGAUUAUUCAGAUGAUGAAGGGGAGGGGGAAUCUGAUUUAUCAAGUGAUAUUGAUUGAAUAUUUUCAAAUUCCAUUCUUGAUGGGUUAAGAUCAUACGGGUCAUAUUUCUGGCUUGAAAAAAUGAAGUUAACAGUAGGUAUGAAUACAAGUGAAAAGUUCGAAAUUCACCAAGACUGGCCUGUAAUUCUGACCUCCUUUUAGAAUUCAUUUUAUGUUGGAUAGAGCCAUAUUUCCUUUAUUGUUAAGAUUGCAUAGGUACAUACAAUUUUUUGUUUAGUAUUUCUUUAAAAUUCUUUUGAAGAAUAUAAUUUGCUCUAAUGUUUUUUCUGCAUCGCUAUUUUUCAACUGUAAUAGAAUGUAAGAGUUUAAACCUGAAUAAAAUUGUUUAUAUUAA